UACUGCCUUAGAGCAAAGAUCUUAGUUGUCUUAGCAGUCACAUUUUGGGCGUGAAGUCAUUUUUCAAGGGGAAAAAUUAGGGACUUGACUCUAUAUGCCUGUUUUGCAAUAGAAAACUUUUAGAAAAGAACACUCAGCAAAACAAGAAUCUUUUGCUUCUAGGCCCUUCUCUCACGUCAGGAGUUGGGUAACCCCUUUCCUGCCCUCUCAGUUAUCACUCAAAAGCAGGCCAGAGAAGGAAAGAGAGGUUCCUCUUUAAAGACUGGGACGGAUGCACCAGCACCAUGCAAUGCAGUGGAAUUGCCCUUCUCCUGGGACUGGUCUGGUUCACUUCCAAGAUAAGGACACAAGUGUUACAUAAAGGUUCCUCAUCUGGUGAAUGCCAGAAUCCUGCGACCUGCCCUGCUAAUUCAAGAUGCACAGAUACAGGAAAUGAUUACUACUGUACCUGUGAGAUUGGAUUUGAACUGGCUUCUAAAGAGCGCAUCUUCACUGACCCAAAUGAGGAAUGUAAAGAUAUAGAUGAAUGUACAGAUUCCACAAUCUGCCCUCCAUAUUCCUUCUGUAUUAACACCCCAGGACAUUUCACAUGCUCCUGCAAAAAAGGCUUUGCAUUGAGGAAUAGGACAGCUCCGGGGAAGGGUAGCCACAGGAUGGUGUGCCAAGAUGUGGAUGAAUGUUCCCAGAUUCCCAAUCCUUGUGGUCUCAAUACCAAUUGCAUCAACGUCAUUGGAAGCUACAAAUGCAGCUGUUUGCCUGGAUUCUCUUCUCCCAGUGGAAAUUCUUGGCUUCGUGGUGCUACAGGAUCCUUCCAAUGUACAGAUAUUGAUGAGUGCCUCAAUGCAACAGCCUGCCUCCAGAAUUCUGCCUGUUGGAACACUCCAGGGAGCUAUAACUGUAUCUGCAAUGGUGGUUUUACCUUUAGGAAUUCUCAAUGUGAAGAUGUGGAUGAAUGCCUGGACCCCACAGCUUGUCCAGAACAUGCUACUUGUACCAAUGGGCUAGGAAACUAUUUUUGCACCUGCAAUCGUGGAUACAAGUCGAACAAUGGUGAAAUGACUUUCAGGGGCCAAGAAACACAGUGCAACAGAGCUCCUAUCAUGUGUAAAGCAGACUUGGUGGACCAGGAACAAAUGAAGUAUUGUCAGAGCAAUUCAACUCACCCUGUGCUCCCCAAAUAUAUUCCCUUCUGUAUGCUAAUGAAUUCUACCUUCAAUGUUCUGGAAGAUACUUGUGAGAAUAAGACCAUCACUGUGUCUCUACAGAAAGCUGCUGGAAAUUUUGCAUCUGUCCUCAAAGAGACAUCCACUUGGCACAAGCUGAGUCAGAAGGAGACCUCAACUGUGGCAACAGUUUUUCUGGACAGUGUGGAGAGUGCUACAUUGGCAGCUUUGGCCAGUCCCUCUGGAAAAAUGAAUGAGACAGUGACUACUGAAUAUCUAGAGAUUAGGAGCAAAGUCAUCCAAGAAGACAUCCUGGUGGAAAAUGUAGCCUUGACUUUCUCAGUCAAAGGAGAUUCAAUGAAGAUUGAGUCCAGUACCAUAAAAGAAUCUGUAUCCUCAGGCAUAUUAUCAGAUGUCAACGGAGUAGCUUUUGUAUCUUUCCUGGGCAUGGAGUCCAUUUUGAAUGAAGCCUUUUUCUACAAUCCAGAGCCUAACAUGAUCAGAAAGUCUCAGAAACUCUGGAUAAAUUCUCGAGUUGUAGGGGGGAUCAUCACUGGAUCCAAGAAAGAUAACUUGUCCAAUCCAGUCUUCUAUACAUUGGAGAACAUCCAGCCAAAGAAGAAGUUGGACACAAGCAUCUGCGUCUCCUGGGACCCCGAAAUUGAGGGUGGGCGGUGGACGCCCACAGGCUGUAUGAUGUUAGACUCCACUGAGACACAUACCAUGUGCAGUUGCAAUCGCUUGGCCAACAUGGCUAUUAUCAUGGCAUCUGGGAAGAUCACGAUGGAUUUUGCCUUGUCUCUGAUAAGCCACGUGGGGUUGAUUCUUUCACUGCUGUGUCUUGCCAUGGCCAUUGCCACUUUUCUACUGUGCCGUUCCAUCCAGAAUCGCAACACCACCCUCCACCUACACUUGUGUGUCUGCCUCUUCCUGGCCAAGCUCCUCUUCCUCAUAGGAGCAGACAAGACAGAGAACAAGACAGUGUGUGCGGUCAUUGCUGGCCUGCUGCACUACCUCUUCCUGGCCUGCUUUGCCUGGAUGCUGGUGGAGGCUGUGAUGCUCUUCCUAAUGGUCAGGAACCUCAAGGUUGUGAACUACUUUAGUUCCCGCAAUAUCAAGAUGCCCCAUCUCUGUGCCUUUGGCUACGGUCUUCCAGGGCUGAUUGUGGCUGUGGCUGCUGGGAUCCAAUGGGAAGGCUACGGGAUGCAUAACCGCUGCUGGCUGAACACAGACACAGGGUUCGCCUGGAGUUUCCUGGGACCUGUUUGCAUAAUAAUAACGAUUAAUUCAAUCCUCCUGACAUGGACCCUUUGGAUCCUGAGAAAGAAGCUGUCUAGUGUUAAUGCUGAAGUGUCCACCCUCAAAGAUAGCAGGUUACUAACGUUUAAAGCCUUUGUUCAACUCUUCAUCCUGGGAUGCUCCUGGAUUCUGGGAAUUUUUCAGAUUGGUCCCAUAGCAACCAUCAUGGCUUACUUAUUUACCAUCAUCAAUAGCUUGCAAGGAACCUUCAUUUUCAUCAUCCACUGUAUCCUUAAUCGCCAGGUACGAGAAGAAUAUAAAAGAUGUUUCAUAAGGAAGACCAAAUCCAGUGCUACUUCUCAGACUUCAGGAAUCUUGUUAUCCUCAGUUCCUUCCACUUCCAAAGCGGGUUGAAUUCUAUUUUAGCUCCUGAAGACACCAUGGAACAAUGGUGGAAAGUGUCAGCAAAGAUAAACUCACUGGGAUUCUCCUGUAAACUAGCCAAUGCUUAAACAUGGUAAUAUAGCAGGAUAAUCAUCUGAUGCUGUGUCAAGUGUAUGGAAGAUACCUGAAUCACCUGUCUCUGCCCACUUUGAAAUGAUGACUUCCACUCCAAAAAUCCAAGCCUACAAGGAUAGUCCUUUCUCCCUUGUGGGAGCAGAGGUCAUAUUUCCUGAGUUUUGUCAAUUUUGUUAACAAAUAUUAUUUCUAUUUCUUAAUCUUUUUAUUUUUUGUGAGAUAUUCCCCUUUCCCCAUACAAUUAUCAAACAUAUAGUUUCCUCUUUCAUUUCAUUCUCUCUUCCAAUUUAAAGAAAAAGAAAGAAAACUAAAAGCCUCAGAAUAAAUAUGGAUAGUCAAGCAAAACAAAUUCUCACAUUGGCCUUGUCCCAAAAUAUGUUGAAUUCUAUAUAAUUCACCCAUCAUGUCUUGUCAAGAGGAAACCAGCAUGCUUCAUCACUGGUUCUCUGGAAUCAUGUUUGAUUAUGGGUUAAUCAGAAGAUUAAUCAGAUUAAUGGUCAAUUAAUCAGAGAUCUUUAGUGUUUCAAAAUUCUUCAUUUUUCCAAUGUUCUUUUUAUGGUAUAAAUUGUCUUCCUAUUUCCGUUAUCUUCACUACAUAUCAGUUUAUUCAAGUGUUGUUUUCUUUGGACAACUUGGGUGAGUCACAUUCCCUCUGAGCUUCAGUUUCUUUGUCUGUAGAAACAAGGAGUUGGAUUCAAUGAUAAGGUUUUAAAGAUACAUUUUCUGAGGUAUCUAUAUCUAAAUCUUAUUAUUCCAUGAAAUGUGACUUCAUCAAAUUAUUAAACCUCUAUGGACCUCAGGUUUCUAGUUGUUAAAUGAGAAAAUGAUGUUAAUGAUGUCUAAGGUCCUUUCUGAAGGGUUUCAGGUAUAAACAAAUCUUGAAAGUAUUAAAGAUGUAUUCAAAAGCUGACUCUAAUGAGCAAAAGUGUUUAUGGACCAGACUUUUGGAUAUAUUUCUAAUAUUUCAAAUGAUUGAUUUCUGGAUCCUUGAAUUGAAUUGGGGCUCAAAUUUUGUGGAACUCAAACCUCUACUAUUGUCUGCAGUCUGGAAGGCUGGCAUGCAAUUUCUAUAACUUCUUUGUAAUGGCAAAGAGACACACUCAAUAUUUAUGAGUAUUUAUGUAUGAGAUGGUGCCGGGGUUAUAGAGGAAGUAGGACUUCCAAAUGAGUUCCUGGUUGGGGAACGAUCUAUGCCAAUAUGUUGGGUUCCUUUCUUUUGUCUUGUUGCUGAUUGCCAAUAUGAUGCUAAUGUUUCUAUCACACCAUCUGUUUGAUUGACAAUCCCACAUCCCCCAUUCCUGGAAACCUCAAUAAAAUUCAAUUCACCCGUUUGUCUCCAGAUUCUCUCACCAUCAGAGGAGGAACUGGUGGGCUGGACGUGCGUGGUG